CUUGGUGUGGCAUCCAAGUAAUCCAAGAAUUCAAAAUAGUGCAAUUUGAUAUUAAUCAUGUUUUCAUCAAUUACCAAGACUUGCGGCGGUUCUCUUCGCAAGUUUGCAACGGGGACAUCCGCGGUUCUGCCAUUCGACACAAUUUAUGCACUUUCACAAUGCACUCCUGAUUUGUCCCAGCUGCAGUGCACCUCUUGUUUGGAUGAUUCUAUUACACAAAUUCCGAUUUGUUGUAAUGGAAAACGAGGAGGCAGAGUGGUUGGACGAAGCUGCAAUUUAAGGUUUGAGAUCUAUUCUUUCUAUAAUGUUACUGCUGAUGGACAACCACCAUCACCACCGCCACUGUCUCCUACGCCCACAAAUGGUACCACAAGAUUACGACCGGGAGAAGAGGGGAAUUCAUCUCGGAAUAUCAUCAUAAUAGUGGUCUCGACCAUUGUUUCUUUGAUUUUUAUCAUCCUACUCUGCAUCUGCAUCCUUUCCGGAGUGAGGAAGUCAAAGAAGAUUGUUGGAAAAGCAGAUGAAGCUGUUGAAGAUGAAAUCCAAAGUGCAGAGGCAUUGCAAUAUGAUUUUAGCACCAUUAGAGUUGCAACAAGCAACUUCUCCGAAAUAAACAAGCUUGGACAAGGUGGUUUUGGUGCCGUUUAUAAGGGUAAGCUUGCCAAUGGACAAGAAAUAGCUGUGAAGAGGCUAUCAAUGAAUUCUGGUCAAGGUGAUCCAGAAUUCAAAAAUGAGGUUCAGUUGGUGGCCAAGCUACAACACAGGAAUUUAGUUAGGCUCCAUGGUUUUUGCUUGGAAAAAAUGGAAAGGCUUCUUGUUUAUGAGUUUGUGCCAAAUUCUAGCCUCGAUAACUUCUUAUUUGAUCCGAUCAAAUGCACUCAACUAGAUUGGGAAAAACGUUACAAAAUUAUAGAAGGUGUUGCUCGAGGACUUCUCUAUCUUCAUGAAGACUCUAGACUUCGGAUUAUUCAUCGUGAUCUUAAAACCAGCAAUAUUUUGUUAGAUGCAGAGAUGAAACCAAAAAUUUCAGACUUUGGCAUGGCAAGAUUGUUUGGGAUGGAUCAAACUCAAGAUGCAACAAGUAGAAUUGUAGGAACAUAUGGAUAUAUGGCUCCUGAAUAUGCAAUGCAUGGACAACUUUCAGUUAAGACUGAUGUUUUCAGUUUUGGAGUGCUAGUUCUAGAGAUUGUAAGUGGUCAAAAGAACAAUUCCUUCCGUCAUCAGGACAACGCAAUUGACCUUAUUAACUAUACCUGGAGAAGUUGGAGGGAAGGGACGGUAAUGAACAUCGUAGAUCCUAAUUUGAUGGAGGGUUCGAGAGCUGAAAUUAUGAGAUGCAUCCAUCUGGCGUUGCUUUGUCUGCAAAAAAAUGUAGCGCAGAGACCAACCAUGGCUUCAAUUGUCCUAAUGCUUACAAGCUAUUCCGUGUCUCUCCCUGCACCCUCACGCGUUGGAUUCAUGCACAGUGUCUCUCAGUCAGAUAUGUCAUCUUUGCAGGAUUUCAACUCAAGGUCAAUAAAAUCCCACCAAUCCAGACAUGAUGCUUCCUUGGCAUCGAACAAUGAGGUUUCACUUACCGAGCUUGAUCCAAGAUAACGUGAAGACAUGUAACUGCUGUUUAUAUUAUGAUAAUUAGCAUUCUUCAUUCUUUUUUUCGGAUAGAUCCUCCUUUCUGUCCCAGCAGACUAUUGAAUUUUGUUUGUACUUAGAGUAUGGAAAUAAUUUAAUUUAAUUCAG